AAAGGCAGAGAGAGAGAGAGAGAGAGAGAGAGAGCGCUUCCCGUUUUUCCCCCAAAAAGCGAGACGACGACGCGCGACGGGACAGGACAGGGGUGGGAGACGCAUGCGACGCGGGCGGAGAGGAGACACGACCCACCCCCGCCACCGCCCGGAGGAGCCACGAGCGAGCAAGCCCUAGCCCCCGGGCGCGAGGGCGGCGGCCGCUGCUGCGUCGACCGUCUCUCUCUCGUGCUCCGGCGCUGCUCGUCGUCUCCUUGGCCGAAUCCAAUCCGGGAGGUGCGGGGGCCGUUCCGAUCGAGUCGGUCCUGCCAUGUCGACCAAGAGGGUUCUUUGCAAGUUCUUCAUGCAUGGAGCUUGCUUGAAAGGAGAGUACUGUGAGUUCUCCCAUGAUUGGAAUGAUCAACCAAACAAUGUUUGCACGUUCUACCAGAAAGGUUCAUGCUCGUAUGGUAGCCGUUGCCGAUAUGACCAUGUCAAAGUUUCUCGUAACCCCACAGUGGCUCCACCACCAAGCUCAAGUACUACAACACGUGCAUCUAGUUCUCUUCAGCCUUUGAGUUUCGGGCGCCCUCACCAUGUGGGGUACCAAGCAGAUUCAAGCAACCCAAGGCAACAGAUAUCUAUGGAUGUGCUGGCACAUUCUGGAAGUAAGCCUGUAUGGAGAAAUGAUUUUCAACAUGAAAGUGUACUUGAGGAUGGGAUUGACUGGUCAAUAAGUCCAACUGUGCAAAACCAGACAACCUUGAGUCCUGCUGAUCUGCCAAUCUGUUCUUUUGCUGCUGGUGGUAAUUGUCCUUAUGGGGAAGAGUGCCCUCAGAUGCAUGGAGAUCUGUGCACAACCUGUGGGAAAAUGUGCUUACAUCCUUAUCGUCCUGAUGAGAGGGAGGAACAUACCAAGCUAUGUGAGAAAAACCACAAGCGUCUUGAGUCUUUGAAACGUAGCCAAGAGAUAGAAUGCAGUGUCUGCCUGGACCGUGUGCUCUCAAAGCCUACUGCUGCUGAAAGGAAGUUUGGACUCUUAUCUGAGUGUGAUCAUCCCUUCUGUAUUUCAUGUAUUAGAAAUUGGCGUAACAAUUCUCCUACGUCUGGAAUGGAUGUGAACUCAGCACUGAGGGCUUGUCCAAUAUGUCGCAAACUUUCAUACUAUGUCAUUCCAAGUGUUCUUUGGUACUUUUCGAAGGAGGAAAAGCUGGAGAUUAUUGACAACUAUAAAGCCAAACUCAAGUCUAUUGACUGCAAGUACUUCGAUUUUGGAACUGGUACUUGUCCCUUUGGGUCAAGCUGUUUCUACAAGCAUGCCUACAGAGACGGACGCUUGGAAGAGGUCAUACUGCGACAUCUUGAUGCUGACGAUGGAAGUACAGUGAUUGCCAAAAAUAUUAGGUUGUCGGACUUCCUCAGUCGGUUACAUCUUUAGGGACCAGUGACUGUAUAUAUGUCAAAUAAUUAUUGAAGUUCGCAGCAGGCCUCCUGGAGGAAGCAAUCGUGAUCUGAGGACAAGGAAAACAGAAGUUUUGUCGCAAAUACGCUCAAUAGUCCAAACGUUAGAACUAAACUGUUGAAAAACUUUGCCAUAUCCACUCAUCUUGCCUCCUGGCCAGCAGUGAUUCAGUAAACAUUCACUGGCCAUCGUGCCAAAGCACAGGUGUAUAAUACUAUUCCUUCCUCAAUGCUCUCUACUGAGGGAAGGCUGCCUGCACCCAACCACAGGCCACCUGAUGCCGUGUGAUUGUACUUGUAUGAAAAGAAGGAACUAGAAAAAAAGAAAGAGAGGAUGAAACAAAGAUUACUCUUCAGACUACACAUUGAUGAAUCCGCAUUAGGACGAGGUCCAGAUGCUUAAAGCCGUUUGGUUGUCUUGGUCUGAGGGAGAGAAGGAAAACAAGAAAGGAAACAAAUCACAUUCUUUAUAAACAUCAGUGUUGAAUGUGGCAUGUGCUAAUGUGCUAUAUAUAUCUGAUGUUGAUAUGCCCUGUACAUGUUCCUGGAACAGGUUGGCGCUUUUGCUCAGGAAACAGGAACGUCUGCCUAUUUGUGGUGGCU